CAGCUUCUACCGCUUUACCCCCUCCCCCGACGCGCACGCCUCGCUGUCUCUCUCUAGGGUUCCCCCCCACUUCCGCUUCGCUUUGCUUCGCUUCCCCACUUUUGCUCUCUCUCUCGUCCCCAUCACCGUCGCCAUCACUACCCCUCCCUUUCUCUCUCCUCUCGCCUCGGCUCCAAUGGCGGAUGCCGAUGCCAAGCCCCCGCCUCCCGACGCCUCCUCCUCCCCGAUCGCCUCGGUCUCCCCCUCCUCCGGCGCCGGGGACCCCGAUGCGGCGGCGGCGGCGAUCGAGAAGCAGCUCGCCGGCCUCGGACUCGCCGUCGCCGGCGGCGGAGGAUUCCCGGAGCCGUCGGGGUGGGAGGACGGCCCCGUCCCCCUCACCAUCGCUGGCGGCUGCGAUGAGGUCGCCGGCGAGAAUCUGCAUCCGCCGCUCUCAUCGCCGCCGGCGGUGGGCGCGGAUGCGAGGCCGCGGUUCCCGCGGCGACCCGGGGAGCCGGACUGCACCUACUACCUCAAGUUCGGCAAUUGCCGCUUCGGGGUCAAGUGCAAGUUCAACCACCCUACUCGGAAGAAGAAGAAUAGGGUGAAAGGGAGUGGGGGCAGCGGGAGCGGGAGCAACAGCAGCAGUAAUAAAGCAUCUUCGCCUGAUGAUGAUCAGGGUCCUAGAGACGAAUAUGAAGAUCUUGUUCCAGAUAUUGCAGAUUCAGUGGGUUUUGAUGACAAGGGGAGUGCAUCAAACUCAGAAAAUCAUAGGAAGACAUCAUACGAGAUUGCUCAGGAGCCUGAGAAAGGAAUUUAUUUCAAGAAGUUAGAUGAGACGAAUUCCACAAAUCACAAGAUUCUGAAGGGUGCCAAAGAUAAAAGAAAGGAAACCGUUUCAGAAGGUAGUACCCAGGAGGAAUGCAAGUAUUAUUCAACACCAGGAGGAUGCAAAUUUGGGAAAGUGUGCAAAUACCUUCACCGCGAGGGAAAAGAAGGGAAAACAGAGGUUGAAAAGGUUGAGCUGAACUUUCUUGGUCUUCCACUGCGCCCAGGGGCAAAGGAGUGCCCAUACUAUAUGCGCACUGGGAGCUGCAAAUAUGCCACUAACUGCAAGUUUCACCAUCCAGAUCCUUCUAACGUACAGCCUUCUAAAGAACCGGCGUUGGACCAUGAGAAUGGGGAUACAUCACAGCAAAAUAUCCAAGGGCCCUCUCAGCCAAGUAUUCCAAUAUGGCCCGACCAGAGAGCAUUGAAUGAGCAGCAUGUUCCUUUUCUAGCCCCAGCACAAUCGUACAGUGCAGGAAUAAUUCCACCUCAAGGAAUGUAUCCGUCUCCUGACUGGAGUGGGUAUCACCAGGUUACUUUGAGUCCAUAUUACCCUCCUGGAGUUCCUUUUCAGCAUUUUCCUGCUGCUCAUAUGAAUCAUCCGAUGUACAAGGUAGCAGAUAUACCGGGACAUCAGCAACUGCCUUCUGAUGAAUAUCCAGAGAGACCUGGCCAACCUGAGUGUCAGCAUUUUGUUAGAAGUGGUUUCUGCAAAUACAGGAUGAAAUGCAGAUUUCACCAUCCAAGGUCGCGGCUGCCUGCACCACUAACAGGAGGUCUUAGCCCUCUCGGCUUGCCUAUCAAACCAGAUCAACCUGUGUGCACAUACUAUGGCCGCUUCGGUGUUUGCAAGUAUGGGCCAGCUUGCAUGUUCAACCACCCCUUCAAUUUCGGUCCUCCUGUAUCGGCAGCCGGACCGCCUCUCCCUGGCCAAUACCCCACUCCAGGAAACUUUGCCGUUUAGCAAGCAGGCAUGAGAUGAGCGAUUUUUCGGAGGUCGCCGCGAUGCUCUAAUAACUUCGACUUGUAAAAUAGCGUAGCUGAAAAGCUGCACGUGGUUGACGGUAGAGAUCCGGCUCGCAAGCUGCAACGAAGUUGCAUGAAGCUGGGUACAUUGCCGAUGGUAUUCAUUAAACCAAUCAAACCUGUAGCAGUACUGAACCUUGACGCUGUACAGCAGUUACAGUUCGUACAUAACUGCCGUUGGACUUAAAAUCCUCGCUGCUUCGUAGUACAUGUUUUGGUUGCAUAACAAGCUUCGUACUACAAGUUUGGUGGGUUAGUCAUGGAUUUUCGGGGAUUUUAUAAUAGCAUGGUUGUGAUAAUAAACUGAAUUUGUGCAGGAAAA